AUGACAUCAUUGGAGAACCAGCUGAACAAUCUACGAACGGCAGUUAGUGGACAACUUGGUAUAGAGCGACCGCAUGUGUCACUGCUAUUUGAUAAGAAAGACGCAAGCUCAUUAUAUGUGGAAAAUGCAGUGCAAAUCGGGCGUACCGGGCUAGCAGAACUACGGAAAAUUGAUCCGAAAAUUGCUGUCGAAGAAGAGGACCUAUUUGAUGAUGCAGCGAUUAACGUGCAACGUGCACUUCUGACGAAGGAAGAAAAUAUGGUACUUAAUCAGAAACUUGAACGGGUGAUCAUACAGCUUUCUGCUUACUUGCAUCAUCUCUCAGCUAAACAGAUCCUGGAAUGGUUGAUAUUUCAGUUUCAUGUACAAAGUUUCAAUGCCGAAACAUUAUUUAUUGCUUUCUUACCAUAUCACAAUUCGAAUAUAUUUGGACGUUUACUCUCAAUACUCGAAUUAAAAGGAUUGGAAUAUGAUUGGGUCAAAGGAUAUGCUAACUCAGAAGCGCCUAUCCCAAUGACAAAAUUGGUUGUUAUUUGUACUUCGAGAAAUCACUCAUUGCUCACUCUUAUAUACAAUCAUAUUGAACGUGUCAGAGAGUUAUUUAGUGCAAAAUUUGUCGAGACUAAAUUGCCACAUUUAUUCACCUUUUUUGCUUCAAUUUCUGUGCAUCUUUUGGCAAAAUCCGAUGUAACGGACGCUUUAGUUUCGAAGAUGUUGCCUUUCCUGGCCAGAGGCUUAAUAUCAGAUUUAGUUUCUCUGCGGUUGGCAUGUCUUACUGUAAUAAGUCAGCUUUGCAUAAAUGCAAAGUUAGUCUCCAGCAAGCUCGAUCCAAUGAUUAAGCUUAUUUUGAUGAAAAUAGAUGAUUAUACGAUGAAGGAAUCAAUUGACACUUUGGUAGUCGUUUGCCAACGUCAGGAAAUAACCAGUUUCCCACUGAAGUUGAAGACCGCUUUAAAAGUUGCUAGAAAGAAUGAACACCUACAGAUUUCGAAAUACAUCAAUUCUUUAUUUUCUAUAACGGAUAUGCGAAAAUUUAUUGGAGCAUUUGUACAUACAUUUAUUCCAUUACUGUCAAAAUGCGAUAAUGAUGAAAAAUUGAUGGAAUUAUGCAAUUUCUGCAUCAAUUGCUUGGAUUUGACCGUAUUGAAUGAUCGUAUAUCCGAAAUAAUCUUGAGCUUGGUGUUUGAUUUAAUAUCAGAAAUGAAUGGUUCUGGAAAAAUUGCAGAUAUUUUUUACAAACAUAUGCGCGCUUUGGUGUUUAGAUUUCCGAAUGCGUUUGCAAUAGUUAGCUCAGAAUGGAAAGUACGCGACGAGGGUGUUUACAAUAUGUUUCUGAAAGCCUGUAAAUUUGAACAGUACGAGAUUGAAACUUUUGAAGUGGUUACAGUGGAGAAAAGAAAACGACGUCGACGUCAGAGUAGUACUAAAAACAGUGGAGGUGAAGAGGGGAGUCAACCUUCACCUCAUGUUACCAAGCCUACAUUAAAAAGAAAGCGACCAGAAGAAAUUAAGCAAGAGCAAUUGAAUUCGGUCCGUGAACCACCCAAAAUCACAUUCAAAGGUGAUCCAUUAGAGAAGCUGAUUGAUACAAUUAAAGCUGAAGACUGGUCACUUGCAGAAGCAGGUCUAGAAAAAUUAAUUACGCCUUGUUAUUUGAAAAAUCGGGUAGCAUCUGAAUUUGAAAUGUUUUUCUCAAAAAUGGUAGCUAUUGCACUGGCCGAAGGAGCGCGUUUGAAAACUGCAAUAAGAAAUGCUUUAUCACAAUUGCCGGUAGAUUCCGAUUUUGCACUUUCUUUAUUGAAACCUUAUACUGAAUCGAAAAAUGCUAGACGAAGUCGUGGUAUAUGUCACUGGUCUUGUUUUAAAGAUGAAGACACCGAAAAGUUUGAAAAUAGGCGUCUGUUUGUACUGGAAUUAUUGCUUGUGAAUCGCACUCUUCAAGCAUCGGCUAAACUGUUCCAUCAACUCUAUGAAAUUUUGAAGGAAGUUAUGCAGAAGGCUGAUGAUGACGACAGUCAGUAUUUGGAGCAACUGGUUAUCAAUUUCAUCGUAUGCUUGGUCAAAAAUCCUUGUGGUUAUAAAGUUUUGGCGGACGAUUUACAACUAGAUACAAUCGUUGAUAUUGUUCGCCAUACUCAAAAUCAUCGGAUUCUUCGGGAUUGCUUGCAGUUGCUUACGUGUGCUGUUACUGUUUCUCCAAAAAAGGUAUUGGCACAUCUGAUGUCUGUUUAUACGUUUAUGGGUGAUGGAGUGUUAAAGAAGGAUAACGAUUUAACAUUGAGCGUAAUUGAGGAGACAUUGAAUGUGUUAUUUUCGACUGUUUUGAACGAAAAGGAUCAGUCGUUUCACGAACAACUGAUAACAACUUCUCGGCUAUUUGCAACGUCGAUUACUGAUAUUCCAGCGCAUCGACGUGAUAAAAUUUUACGUGCUGUAGCUCGAUCUGCCGGUGCGCAAUAUCUUUGGGCAGUAAUUGCCACUCUUUUUGAGCGGUACUGCCUAAAUUGGCCCAAAAAACCAGAAGGUCGGAUUUCAGCUGAAUUGUAUGAGGAAAUGUCAACCAUUAUGGUAUCGGAAUAUGAUGCCGUGGAACAGCUCUCGUGCACAGCAAGUAUGAUAAAGUAUAUUAUCGAGUUGGGAGAUGAUUUUUCAGUUCAUGAAAACCCAACUACAACCGUUAGCCAAAAAGCGAAGUUUUUGUCGAAAAUAUUCGAUCGAACGAAACAUUCAGUACAAAAAUUGCGACACUAUCGUUUUGCCAUAUUGGGUUGGAUUGCUAGGCUUUUGGAAAGUGACGAAUUCAAAACAAAGUUGGUAACCGUUGGUGAUAAUUCAUAUGAUAGACUGCUUGAAACUGCUAAAGUUCUUCUGUUUUGUUCCGUUGAACUUGACGAUUUUGUCACUAUGGAGACAUCAAAUGCUGAGAAACGUUAUAUGCAAGCAAAUUCAGACCAACAGAGUGCAAACAAUUGGAAAUAUUGGAUUGCUGUGUCAUCACGUGCAGAUAUCGUCAUUGAAAAGUUCCAAAAUUUGCUGCCGAGCAAUGUUUGCGGGCAUAUUGUGGUGGAUGUUCUGGAGCAAACUACAACUAUGCCAAAACUGAGGGAUCGAGCGUUACAGUUUCUGAAUGCUAAACUGCUACAAGAUGGUUCAUACAUAAGUACAGUGAAAGUAGAUCACUUGAAUAGCUUGAUUACAAAAUUUAACUCUUGGAUAAAACCGGUUGAAGAGGGAUUUGAUGUUAAUCUGUGCCAAAAAGCAGCCCACACACUGAAACUGGUGGCACGUAAUAUGAUACCUUCAACAGAUUUCAUGUUGUUGUCUGAAACGCUAGAAUUAACUGUGGAUUUGCUCACUAAUCGGAACAUGUACGAUGAAGCAGUAACGGGUAGUCUGCUUUUAUUAGCUGCUGAAUUAAUGCGUUUUCAACGCGUAAAAAAUUCUAUUUUAUAUUCAAAUGCUCUGACGGCGAUCUGUACUGAAAUUCUUUCCACGGUACUUGAAACACAAGAUCUAAUCGGAACUAAUAGUAACCAGCAGGCUAAUCUGUCAAAAGAUAGUGUUGAUAGUGUUUUAUGUGGGCGAAGACGUCGCACUCAGCACUCUAUGAGUGGUCGUUAUGUCACGAACGGUGAUGCACUAUUGAUUUGUUCACUGGUAUGUUUGCAGCGGAUUUUAGAAAACUUCGCCGAAUUUAUUUUCAAACAUCUUUCAUCUAUUCUUAUCAUCAUUUCACGCUUAUGUUGCAUUUGUGAUUAUACACCGUCAGCGAAUUGUUCCACUCAACAGAUUCAGCCAGCGAAUAAAUUUUCAGCUGUUCAGCAACGAAUUGCCUCCAUAUGUCGCUCAUUGUCGAAAAUGGAGCUAAGGAUUGUCUUAGAUGCUUUUGAUGAAGUGUGCAAUACUUUGAUAAUUGAACCGGCAGCUGUGGGUAUACUUUUCAAGCUGUUUUCGUCGCUUAAUGACAUUAAAAAUAGAGAGAUACUGCUGAAAUUCGUCGAUCGUGUUUGCGAUGUUUAUUUCCAUGGCCUUGAUGUGCGCCCAAAUAAUGCGAAAUUGGGAAAAAAUGAUGCAAUCGACAAUGCUGAGCUAAUGAUUAUCGAUAGCUUUUUGGAAGUUAUUGAUAAUCUAUCUGAAAAUGAAUUUCGGUCAGUGACCAAAUCUCUUCACACGCGUUUGCAAGAUGCCAUAUCACUUAAGGCCAAAAUAGAAGUGCGAUAUCGUUCGAUUACAAUAUUUAGAUUUUUGAAUCGCUUUUACGAGUCAUACAAAAAUAUAUCACUACCACAUUUCGGCCGAUUUUUCGGUUUCUUGCCGGACAUUUUUUCGCGAUGCAAUUCUCACAUAUCAGAUUCUCAGUCAUUGAUAUUCUAUGAUGGCGAAAGUUCGACUAAUACUGGGACUAUUUUAGUGGAUUAUUUGUUAACUGUCAUGAUUGACUUUAUAACAAACUGUGCUCGUCAUCCGCCAUUUUUUACUUCGGAACGCGCAAAAAUUGUGCUGGAUUUCUUAGUAGAUGAAUUAGAAAAUAAAGACAUACCGGGACAUGAGCUCCGCUGUGUGCCACAUCUAGCUGAAUGCUUCUAUAAUAUUAUCGAUUGCCAAAAUGAAAUUCUUAUGGAUAUAGUCAAUAAAAUCAUGUUGAAAACGCGUAGUCGAAGUUCAAAGGUUCGUUACCGCACGUUAUUGGUUUUGGAAUGGUUAUUCGAGCGUAUGGGUGAUGCAGUUGCACCAACAUUACCAUCAGUGCUGCCAUUUUUAAGUGAACUUCUUGAAGACGAUAAUAAAAAAGUUGAAAUGCAGUGUGAUGCAGUAAUUGGUGUUUUGCGAAAGAACUUUGGUGAAGAAAUCACAGAAGGAUACGCUUAAUUUUAUAAGUUGUGUACUAUUAUGUCGCAUUUGUUUACACUUUAUUGAUGAAUUCGGUCUGGGAACACCAUUACCGCAAACCACAGUGUUUUCGGCUUUAUUGUCCGAAUUACUUUUCAACUUUUUCCAUUUUGAAAUUUCAUGCAUCGCUAUAAAUCCAAAGAGGAAGCACCACUAAUUACUCCAUUCCCUUAUGUUGUUAUUGUCUUUGUUGUAUCGCUGUUUUGUUGUUUAUGUUUGUCAAGUUUUGAAGUUAGGAGAUCGUUAAAGCUGC